AUGUCCUCGUUUCCGGAGAGUUCUGGUCUGCGGCCGGACGCUGCAGAGGCCCGGCCAUUCAGCCCCCUGGAUGAAGAUGUUCCUCCUCCCUACUAUAGCGACAAAUAUGGAGAAAUGGACAUCCAUCAUCGGGGGUUUGGAACAAAUGCCCGGGUCGCAGACGAUGGACGAGUUGAUAUCAAUAUCAAGGAAAAGGGGCGAAGGCUUUCCAGCAUGCUUGCUCCUACCCUCCACCCCCCAGAAGACGUCCUCGAGCAACGACCGUCUAUUCCUAGCUCUCUUCUGGGAGCAGCCGAAGCUCCCAUCCCCCGAAUGAAUAUUGUGAUACAAAUUGUUGGUUCCAGAGGCGACGUGCAACCGUUUGUGGCGCUUGGGCAGCUGCUGAAAACACAAUGUGGACACCGCGUGCGCAUUGCGACCCAUCCGGUUUUCAAAAGUUUUGUCGAAGACCACAAUCUUGAAUUUUUCAGUAUCGGGGUAGACCCAGCGCAGCUCAUGGCAUUUAUGGUAAAAAACCCAGGCUUGAUGCCAGGUUUCGACUCUCUGCGGAAUGGGGACGUGGGAAGGCGGCGAAACGAUAUAGCCGAAAUAAUAUCGGGUUGCUGGCGAUCUUGCUUUGAAGCCGGAGAUGGGACCGGGACACCUAUCGCAGACCUCGAUUCACUCACCAGAUGUAUGGGCGACCAAGAGCCGUUUGUUGCGGAUGCGAUCAUCGCGAACCCUCCUAGCUUCGCCCACAUCCAUUGUGCGGAGAAGCUUGGGAUUCCCCUUCAUCUGAUGUUCACGGUUGGGAGAUAUCAUAAACCGGUUUCGGGAAAGAAGCUUGGGUUUAGAGCCGAUAAGUGUAAUGUGGGCUCCCGGUCCCCUACUCUUCUUCCCAAGCCCAGCGAUUGGGGACCUAAUAUCGACAUCUCGGGAUUUUUUUUCCUUGAGGGGGCGUCAAAAUACGUUCCUCCGACCGACCUCUCUGAAUUCCUUGCAGCUGGACCUCCUCCGAUAUACAUCGGGUUUGGGUCUAUUGUUAUAGAUUCCCCGAACCAAAUGACGCAGCUGAUAUUUGAUGCCAUCAAAAAAACAGGCCAGAGGGCUCUUAUAUCACGCGGCUGGGGUGGAAUUGGCGCCGAAAAGCUCGGAAUGCCUGACGAUGUCUUCAUGAUGGGCAGUUGUCCUCAUGACUGGUUGUUUAGGCGCGUGUCGUGUGUUGUUCACCACGGCGGGGCUGGGACCACGGCCGCAGGUAUUGUAUGCGGCAAGCCAACCAUCAUUGUGCCUUUCUUUGGAGAUCAACCGUUUUGGGGAUCGAUUGUUUGGAAGGCAGGAGUUGGGCCACGCCCUAUUCCCCACAAACAGCUCACAGCAGAUAAUUUAGCUGCCGCAAUUAUGUCGGCUCUUGAGCCAGAAAUGCAGAUGAGGGCGAAGUUAUUAGGUGCGGAAGUCCAAAAGGAACCCAGUCUUGAAAGAGGCGUGGAAUCCUUCCACAAACAACUCCAUCCUGAAACUGUUCGAUGCAUGUUAUCUCCCAAAAGGGCUGCUGUCUGGCGUGUAAAGCGCACUAGAUUUCGGCUAAGUGCCUUCGCAGUCGCACUUUUGAUCAACGAGGGAAUUCUGGAAGUGCGAGAUCUCAAAUUGGCACCGUCCCUAGAGAAUACGAUCUUGAACCUGGCCCACGGGGAUCCCAUCAGCGGAGGAGGAGCAGCACUGCUUGGGAGCUUGGUGGAUUUCACGAUAGAAUUCGCAGAUUUCCCGGCUAGAAUAAUACGUCCUCUUCCAUUCCGUCAUCGCCAAUUAUUAUCGGAUCGAAAAGGAAGUUCGGGUUCUCCAACCCCUUCGAGUUCGUCUUCUCGUAGUAGCACUCCACGACGGUCCACCUCUUCUAGUAGGAAGCGGUCGGAUACUUCGUCUUCUAACUUGCCUGCCGAUUGGCCUAUCGACUUGGCUGCAGACAAUCCAAUUUCGGAACCACUUGAAGAUGAAAAAAAUGGGGAUCAGAGCCCCAUCUCACAUUCUGAGAGCAAAGCGAGGUUAGGGUUAGUGUCACCCCCCGAUUUGUUAAAGCAGAGUCUGUUACUGAACCACUGUAGAGAGGCGGCAUCUCAAGUAUCCAGAAUCACAGCAGAAGAGAUAAUAGGGGCAGGUCGGGCAGCAUCAAAGCUUGUUACAAUUGGAAUAAAAUCGCCUAUGAACUUUGCUCUUAAUGUAGCAAAAGGCUUCCACAAUGCUCCGAAGCUAUACGGCGAUGAUAGUGUGAGAGAACAGGAAAAGAUUACCGGUUUCCAAAGCGGCGUGAGGGCGGCUGGCAAGGAAUUUGGUUACGGUAUCUAUGACGGGGUAUCGGGACUUGUCACCCAGCCACUUCGCGGACGGAAAGAAGGAGCCAGAGGAGUCAUGAAGGGCGUCGGAAAAGGCAUUGGCGGAUUGAUUCUCAAACCCGGUGCAGGUAUAUUUGGCCUGGCAGGGUAUCCCCUCAGUGGCCUUCACAAGGAAGUUCAGAAAAUCUGGGGCACAAGCGUGGAAUGCUAUAUUGUAGCUUGCCGAACGAAGCAAGGUUACGACGAAUUGAAUCAAGCAACCAAAGAGGAAAGACAGGAAACCCUUUGUCGAUGGUACUCUCUUGGUGAGGAUCUCGAAUCCAAAGCUGCUCGCUCUCCUUUUGCGCAGGAAUGGGAAGCGCUUUCACGGAUAUUAUUCGACUCCGGACGGCGUCGUGAACCGCACCAAGAGACUAGGGGUGUCACCAGCGAGCCCGCGGGCAUUGAGAAGAUUGCUCCUGAUAACUUUCGUGAAGCCAUACGCAGUGCAACCCAUCUGCUUUCCAGCCUUGUUAAUAGGUACAAAAGUGAGCCCAUAAGCCAAAACCAACCACAUAAAAAUGUGGCCAAAAAUUUUGCACAACUUGACUCGGGGGAGGACGACGAGCAGCAACAAAUGAUUGAACGCGCUCUUCAUGCAAGCAUUGCUGAACUGAACGAAGCCCAGGCGUGUGGGGACCACCAGCACGCCGGAGACCGAGCACUUCAGGCAUGUGUCAAGGAAGCCCAACGGGCUCAACAGGAAAAAGAGAGAAGUGCAUCUUCAAAAGAAAAGACACGCAAAUAUGAGAAACCGGAAUUUUGCCAGGACGACGAUGGGGGCAGGGAGCAGCCGCGGAGCGAGAAACGUAAAUUGACCAAAGAAGGCCUUGAUGCGGUGGCAGAAUAUGCGAUAUGGAAGACCCUGACAGAUCAGAGGCGGCCACCCGCCAAACAAAUAACCCCCAGUGAUCACCGGGAAAGUGGCGAGUUGCAGUGA